UCAUUUGUGGAAGCGCGGUGUGGUUUGUCCGGCAACAUCAACGCGCACACUACGCCGUCCGUCCCUAUCCAAUCCAUUGCCAUUGGACUGGCUUUGUAAAUCAUACAGUCAGUCGUAUAGAGGCGUUCAAGUGAUAAGUUUGUGUCAGUGCAUUACCUAACAUAUUUUUAACAGUGUCGUAAUAAAAGGCCGGAAACAUUAUGCUAAAUAUGAAAUUUGUUUUUUAUUUAACGACAUUAUUCUGUGUAUCAUCGAUACAAUUAGCAGCUGAAGAGGUCACGGAAAACAAUGUAGGCAUGGAAGAAGUAACGGCAAUCCCAGCCUUCUCAACUGACACCAGCAUAAAUAAUUUCGGCUUCAAAUUAUUGAAAACUAUGAUGAAGCAAAACGAAAACAACAAUGUUGUUUUAUCGCCCACUGGCGUUGCAGGUUUGCUGGCAAUGACGCUUCUAGGCAGCACUGGCGAAACGUACAACGAAAUCGCACAACUAAUCGGGUUUUCUGAAGAUAUCCUCAAAAAUCGGAAGUACCAUGAAGAUUUUGGCUCAAGACUACAAGCUCUGAACAGAAACGAUACAAAGACUUUGUAUGCAAAUGGCAUAUUCGUAGACCAACAAUCGAUGCUGCGUCAGAUCUACCAUUCCUAUCUAGAGCGAGUUUAUAAUGGAGAGGCUUUUGCCACAGACUUCAAGGACACCAACCAGACUAAGGAUUUGAUUAAUGAAUGGGUCAAGAAUCAUACCAACAACAAGAUUGAAAGUUUUCUUCGACAACCUCUGCCAAUGAGCACAAAAGCCGUGUUAAUAAAUGCUCUUUAUUAUAGCGGACAAUGGUCGUAUCCUUUUCUUCCUGAAUAUACAGCAAUGUUGCCUUUCAAAGCUCCUACAAAAGAAGUUCUUGUUGAUCAGAUGGCAAACUUUGGACAGUUUAAUUACUUAUUUUCUAUUGAAAACGGACUACAUAUGAUUCAAUUGCCGUACAACGACAGUGUUACCAGCAUGUAUGUAAUAAAACCAAGAUUUCCCAAGGCAAAGACAAUAACAGAACUACUGGACAGUCUUGAUUUCGAGAAAAUCGACAAUCUUAUAAACCAAAUGUCGAUGAAAAAAUGUGUAGUACGAUUUCCAAAGAUGGAACUGGAGACUUCAGUGGAUUUAAAAGACCCUUUAAAAUCACUCGGAGUUCAAGCUAUGUUCACUCCUGGUGUGGCGAAUUUUGCUGUAAUGUUGGACGCAAAUGUAACCGUUAAUGAUCCAGAGGAGAAUCUAAUCGCUAGAAUCAGUACUGGAGAAGGCGAGGCCAGAACUUUGAAGGAAAUGCUCGACCGCCUUGUUAAUCCAGGCGUGUACGUCGACUCAGUAAUGCACGAGGUGAAAAUGACUAUUGACGAAUAUGGGACUGAAGCAGCAGCGGCAACCAGCGCGUUGAUGGCACGAUCGGCCGAGUCAUUCUAUGCGGACUCACCAUUCUACAUGUUUAUCCGUAACGAGAACACCAAACUGAUCACGUUCAGCGCUGUCAUAUACGACCCAACAAACUAGGUUAUAACGUACAUCAUUAACCAUACAACCUAACAAUACCUCAACCAUAAGUAGUAAGAUCCAUUUGAGAUGAUGUCUGCGCUUCUUAUGUGGAUUACACACUGCAUGCAAAGCAUUACAGUGAUAGGUAUCUAUAGACCGCCUUUUUUGACUUGAAAAUGAUGCGCCUCUAGCGCAUUAUCAUAUCCUCACAAUACAGAGUAGUUUUCUUCAUCUAUCUAAACGUACCGGUAUGGAUAUUGUUUUUGACGUGAUAACGCCUUAUAAAUCGAUGAACACCGGCUGCACGGACAAAAAGGUGUGACGUCAGUCAUGAUGUAAAGUUAUGUUACGAGUUAGCCUCCGCGGGCGGGGGGGAGGGGGGAAGGUGUUCCUUGGACCCCCCUGCCCCCUCCCUCUCGAAGAGUAGCUUUCCCCCGCGGAAGCCCCCACAGAGUUACAGAGGCGUGCUUGGGCUCAAAUGAACUGGAACAAGAAACACCACAAAACUGCUACGAGGAAAACAGCGAACGACACGUUAUCACGUAAAGUUAUCGUCAGAAAAUCGACUUUACAGACAACCGAUUUUUAUUGUCUCUAGACUACGAAAUCGUAAAAAGUCGCUCUCUGCAACUAUUUAAAAAUCUGCUGUGUUAUCACCACC